AUGGCCGACGAGCUCCCUCCCGCCUUCAAAGCGGCCACCGCCGUCCUCGCCGACCGCGACCGCCCGCCGCGCCUCCGCAAGCCGCUCUCCAUACGCUGCGCCGAGCGCUUCUCCGUCAGCCCAAGCGCCGUCAAGCGCGCCCUCGCCACCCUCACAAACCCCGAGCCCGUCUCCCGCUCGCCGCGCCCGGCCGGCCGGCCGCGGGCGCUGGCGAGGGACGAGGACGAGCUGCUCAUCUCGUACGUCCUCUGGCUCCAGCGGGGAGGCUUCCCCAUGGCCAAGGCGCAGCUGGUGGCCGCCGCGAACGACCUCCGGCGGAGGAAGAAUCCCGAGGCGGGCGACCUGGGCAAGAAUUGGUACAGCAGGUGGCUGUCGGAGCAGCCUGAGCUUGCGGAUACGUAUGCCAGGAUUCAAGACAUGUAUUCCAAGGGCGGCGGCGCGGACAAAGGCAUCAAGUCGACGGAAGCCUCCAACGUGGAGAGGGUCAUGACGUACUUUGACAACUUGAAGAAGAUCAUCGCCCUCCAUCGCAUCGGGCCCUCGGAGUGCUGGAACGAGGACGAGGGCAGCCUCCGGGUUGGGUGCCUCGGGGAUGAAGUCCAGGUCAUUGUUGUGCGCACAACGCGGUCUCAGGUCCUCGAGCCGAGCAACCAGGAGCCCUCAAGCCUCAUCGGUGUAGCCAAUGCCGCCGGAGAAUCCAUCGCCCCUUUUGUCGUGUUCAAGACGCUCCCAUUCAACCCCGAGCCCGUGUCCAACGCUGUAGGCGGUAACGGCGUCCACUUCGCCCAGUCAGAAACAGGCUUCUCAAACGCCGACAUCUCACUAGAAUGGCUCCACCACUUCAAUUACUGGUCUUGGAAAAAGUCGAUACAAGCCCAGCGGUCUGGAAAGGAGCUCGAGGACUGGUUUGGCUAUGACAUGUGGUUGAGAGACCCUGAAAGCCCUUGGAAACCCCCGCAGAAGAUUUCGCGGAUACAGCGGCCAGAAGAAGAAAGAAUAUAUCGGCUUCUCGUCCUUGACGGCUCCGCGGGCCAUACAUCCCUCGACUUUAUCGAAUAUUGCAUGAAAUUUGACAUCAUAGUCGCCAUCAUCCCCUCCGAUUUCCACUACAUCCUUCAGCCCCUUGACCUCGGAGUCUUGCAACCUCUUAAACAUGCCUACCAGAGGCUGUUGCAGAACACUCUCGAUACCCACUCGUCCUUUACGCAGCCAGACUUCAUCAAAGCCUUCAAGGGGUAUACGAGGAAGGAUUCACGAAGCAAAACAUCAUAUCAGGCUUCAAAGAAGCCGGCAUCUACCCUCCCAACGCCCAGCCAUCCGUCAUGA